CGCAUCAUACAUACAAACUUGGUUCAGGACAGAAAAAAGUCAAUGAGCACUGGACAAACCCAACCGAGAAAUGCCGCCUCCCUCCCUCCAAUCAGUCCGUCCCCAGCACAUCCACACCAAUGUCUGUGUGUGCGCAUAUAUCUAAGUGCCGUAUGCCUCGUGGAAGCCCCUCGUGCAACCUGACAACCACAAACACACACACAAACACACUCCACGCGUCCUCUGUCUAGACCAGAUCUGAUUAAUGUGUCGACACACACCAGGGGCAUUGGGGUCUUCCUCACCGCAGCAAUCCCUGCACACACACGGAGAGAGAGUUCACGGACGCGCACCAGUAGCGUGCGGAUCCCUCUCACUCUCACCAGUAGUGUCCAGGCCACUUGUCGUGUUUGGGCACCUCUUCUACGGCCGCAUAAUACUGACAUACACAUGAUUGCGUCAAUCACACUCAGACGGGCCUGCACAUAGCUGCCGUACCUUAGCGCCUUCUGGGUGGUACCUGCAGACAAACUCCUUCUUGUGAUGCUGGCAGCUCGUCGCCGAGUUUGUCGUCACGUCAAACUCCUGAACAAAGGCAGCCAGCGGAUGAAGGGAGUCACGUCGAUGGACGGAAUUCAUCGCUUACCUGUUUGCAUUUUCGACACUUCCUUGCGUUCUUCGGGGGGAUAGAUGAAGCGGCGCCACUGUGGGAAACACUGUCCUUUGUUGUUGCCAUCUCUGCUCCUCCGAAUAAG